CUGAUCUGUCAGGUUCAACAGAAGUCUGUCUCAGUUUGCAUCAUUCGCAAAGGAGGCAGCGUAGCCGAGCAGUUGAAGGACAUCAAAUGAAACACGGAAGUUUACAGCGAGUCCUUUUGAGUUUUGCGCGUAGCCUGUCUUCCGAGCCAGGAGACAGUGCGUUUUAUUGAAAAUCAUGGAAGAAAAAUCUAAUUCGUUCUCUAGCAACAAAGAAGUGGAAAAAGCGGAUGGGAAUAAUGUAUUGCAGAGGCAAGACUCGAUACAGAGGAAGAAUAUUGGGAGCCAGAACAUGAAAGCAGGGGACCACGCGAACUCGGUGGGCUUUAAGGGUGAACAGGAGGAAGCCUUGGUCGGGUUCGACGAUCUAGACGGGUCCGGGAAUCGACAUGGCUUUAUGCAGAGGCAAUUUGGAGCGAUGAUGCAGCCUGGCGUCAAUAAGUUCUCCCUGCGAAUGUUCGGCAGUCAGAAAGCCGUUGAGAAAGAGCAAGAAAGGGUCCAAACUGCGGGAUACUGGAUCAUUCACCCCUAUAGCGAUUUUAGGUUCUACUGGGACUUGGUAAUGCUCGUCAUGAUGAUGGGGAACCUGAUCAUCAUUCCCGUAGGAAUAACCUUCUUCUCAGAGCAGACCACCACCACCUGGCUAAUAUUCAACGUAGCUUCAGACACCAUCUUCCUCGUGGAUCUGGUCAUGAACUUCCGCACGGGGAUCGUCAACGAGGAGAGCUCCGAGAUCAUCCUGGACCCCAAGGUCAUCAAGAUGAACUACCUGAAGAGCUGGUUUGUGGUCGACUUCCUCUCGUCCAUACCAGUGGAUUAUAUAUUUCUAAUAGUGGAAAAGGGGUUUGACUCGGAGGUGUACAAGACGGCGAGGGCGCUGAGGAUCGUUAGGUUUACUAAGAUUCUGUCUCUUCUGAGGCUGCUGAGACUUUCCCGACUCAUCAGAUACAUACAUCAGUGGGAAGAGAUCUUCCAUAUGACCUACGACCUGGCCAGUGCUGUGGUAAGAAUAUUUAAUCUGAUAGGGAUGAUGCUACUGCUCUGCCACUGGGACGGUUGUCUACAGUUCCUGGUUCCCCUCCUACAAGAUUUCCCCCAAGAUUGCUGGGUGUCGCUAAAUGGUAUGGUUAAUGACUCGUGGGGUAAGCAGUACUCGUACGCUCUCUUCAAGGCCAUGAGCCACAUGCUGUGUAUCGGGUACGGUGCCCGGGCGCCCGUCAGCAUGUCCGACCUGUGGAUCACUAUGCUCAGUAUGAUUGUGGGCGCCACCUGCUACGCCAUGUUCGUCGGCCACGCCACUGCUCUCAUCCAAUCACUGGACUCGUCCCGCAGGCAGUACCAAGAGAAG